CGGCCGCGCGGCAUGAACGGCUUCGGCCCCGAGGAAGUCGCCCGCGGCGGGGGGGAAGCGGCCGCCGUCCCCGCCGUGGUGGCCAACGCGGCGGCGGCCGUCGAAGUCCUGCCUCCCCCGCCGCCGCUGCCGCCGCCGCCGCCCGGGCUGGGCGCCGCCUCUGCGGCUGCCACGGCCGCCGGCCCGGCCGGACCCCCCGGGGCGGCGGCGGCGGCGGCUGUUGUUGCGGCGGCGGCGGGCGGGCCGGGCGCGGGGCAGCUGUGUUGCCUGCGCGAGGAAGGCGAGCGGUGCGGGCGGGCGGCGGGCAACGCCAGCUUCAGCAAGCGCAUCCAGAAGAGCAUCUCGCAGAAGAAAGUCAAGAUCGAGCUGGACAAGAGCGCGAGGCACCUGUAUAUUUGUGACUUUCACAAAAACUUAAUCCAAAGUGUCCGAAACCGAAGAAAGAGAAAAGGCAGUGAUGAUGAUGGGGAUUCGCCAGUGCAAGAUGUUGACACUCCAGAGGUCGAUCUGUUUCAGUUGCAAGUAAACACACUAAGAAGAUACAAAAGGCACUUCAAGUUACAGACUAGACCAGGACUCAACAAAGCACAGCUUGUUGAACUAAUUGGAUGUCAUUUUCGGACUAUUCCAGUGAAUGAAAAGGACACCUUAACCUAUUUCAUCUACUCUGUGAAGAACGACAAGAAUAAAUCUGACCUAAAAAUGGAUAGCGCUGUCCACUAAAUAAGCAAACUUGGGACUUGCAGACAUUAAAGACUGUUCUGGAUGUACUGACGCUUUCUUUAUAACUGUAUUCAGGGAGGAAAUCCUGGUGUUAUUUU